AUGCAAGGCUGCAUGUCCGAGGGGGGCCUCGCCGUCGCGACCGGCGUGCGGCCACUGGGUGUCGCUCUUGCUCCACCGAAGACGCCUCACCCUUCCAACUUGACCGCGCUGACGUCACGGCAGUCUGGAGCAUCAAGGCCACUUCCACGCCGCUAUUGGUCUGAAAAUCACAUGACCACGUCUCCUGCAUCCAUAAUUUUGUUCCUGAUAUAUUAUUUUGCGCCCCCCUCCUCCCCAAAAGAUGUCAGCAUCCUACUGUCCUUAUUGUCUCGGAAGGAUCCACUAGUGGGGCAAAAGAUGACAUGUCCCAAUAACGUAGCGGCUGGUAACUUCCUGAUGGAUUCCUUAAUGGGAGGAUCGUCAUCGUACAGGAGUGACGCUUACUCCGGCGGGCCCGGAAUGUUCAUCCACGCCGCCCCGGAUUACGUCUACUCCGGAGGGAGGAACAUGGCAAAGGUGGCCCCGUCCUCUCUCUCCAAGGCUGCCGACGGACUCCCAGCCGGUGGCCUCCCGCUCGGCGGCUUCCACGACGGGCCCUACCUGCCCGCGCAGCUGGCCACAUGGAGCCCGGACUCCAAGUCCGGGGGGGACUCGCAACCUGUUGCCGCGUGUUUACAAGCGUGCGACGUCAAAGAGGAGGCGUUUUGUGGCCGCUAUCCGGAAGACGACAAUAAGAGCAAAGACACAACAGAGCCGGCCGUCUACGUCCGCCUGGGGGACAAUAGCAGCGGGCCCCAAGCGAGCGGCUCCUUCCAGGUGUAUGACGCCGAGGGACGCCAUCAGCCGGACGACCAGCAGCUCCCCUCCGGCUUCUCCCUCGCCCACUUGGCCGCGGCCGAACCGAGCUCGGGUCGGCAGACAGCAGGGGACGAGAGCCGGGUGGCAGUCGAGGCUCGGGGCAGGAAGCGCAAGGCCAAGAGUGACAGCUGCUCCGAUGAUUCGGAUGUCCAAUUCAAAGAUCCUUCCACGGGGAAGACCACCGGAAGCUGGUUGAAGGCCAAAAGCGGCCGGAAGAAGCGCUGUCCUUACACCAAGCACCAGACGCUGGAGCUGGAGAAGGAGUUCUUGUUCAAUAUGUAUUUGUCCCGCGAGCGCCGCCUGGAGAUCAGCCGGAGUAUCAACCUGACCGACAGACAGGUCAAGAUCUGGUUCCAGAACAGACGCAUGAAGCUCAAGAAGCUCAGCAGGGAGAACCGCCAUAGGGAGCAUGGCGCCGUCUACCAUUACGUCUAGAAACACAGUCACACGCACACACACACUCACUGGUACACGCACGCACGCACGCACGCACACACGCACACACACUACCAUUCAUCAACUCCAUCUGGACACACGCAUACACACACGUACACGUGCACACAGGACGCGAAAGCACCAAAUGACUCACUUGGAUGAAGAAAAAAAAACAAAAAACACGGAAGAUAAUAUCGUGUGAAAGAGAAAGCUGUGUGUGGAAGACAUGCACGCGUGCAGCUGUGCACGUGCGCGAGAUGCCUACGUCGCUACGUCACCUCACGGCACAAAGCGCGUCAAAACAAUAGACACAUGCAAGGGGAGGCAGUGGUUGCCGACUUGUCCCUGGAAAAAAAAAUACAAAAUAAAAGUGAGAGAGUGCCGCUGAGAGCAUCGGGCCGCUUUUAAUAGAAGCGAGAGACCAUAACCUUGAUUUAAAUAUUAUCCAGGUGACCACAGUAAGUCAAGGUCAUAAAAAUCUAAUGUCAGCUUCGCCCAGGAAAGCGUUGGGGGUGGAUUUUAUGAUCUGCAAAUAUAAUGUGCCGCAGCAGUAAAGAUGCGCUUAAAAAGGUGUGCGUGCGCGGAGGAGGGCGAAUCCGCAUGCACGGCGCCGGCUGCGAAGUGCACUCGCCACACUUAAGGAGGCUGCAG